ACGUCCACCUUUGCUGUGUCAAAGUGGAGCCUGGUGUGUGCCUGCGCUGCGACUUCAUCUCGUCUCUUUCAUGUUUUGCAUACACUCCUGUUAAAUUGUAAGGCUAGCUGUUUACCUGGGUAGGUUAAUAAAAGUAUGACCAGCGUUCAGUCCACUCUCUCCAGUGGUGUUCUGCGUGUGUAUCCUGCUAACUGGUCACCUAGCUAAUUGGCAAUAUGCCCGCAGCUACUGUGGAUCACAGCCAAAGAAUAUGUGAGGUUUGGUCCAACAACCUGGAGGAGGAGCUGAAGAGGAUCCGACAGGUCAUCCGAAAGUACAACUAUAUAGCAAUGGACACAGAGUUUCCGGGUGUUGUAGCCAGACCGAUUGGAGAGUUCAGAAGCAAUGCUGACUACCAGUACCAGUUGCUGCGAUGCAAUGUGGAUUUGCUGAAGAUAAUACAGCUAGGCCUCACAUUUAUGAAUGAGCAGGGAGAAUAUCCUCCAGGAACAUCAACAUGGCAGUUCAAUUUUAAGUUCAACCUCAUAGAAGAUAUGUAUGCACAGGACUCCAUUGAGCUUCUGACCACUUCAGGGAUUCAGUUCAAGAAGCACGAGGAGGAAGGCAUUGAGACGCUGUACUUCGCAGAGCUGCUGAUGACGUCCGGAGUGGUGCUGUGUGAUGGAGUCAAGUGGCUGUCUUUUCAUAGCGGCUAUGACUUUGGAUACCUGAUCAAGAUCCUGUCGAACGCCAACCUGCCUGAGGAGGAGGUAGACUUCUUUGAGAUUCUCCGCUUGUACUUCCCAGUCAUUUAUGAUGUGAAGUACCUGAUGAAGAGCUGUAAGAACCUAAAGGGUGGGCUGCAGGAAGUAGCUGAGCAGCUGGAGCUGGAGAGGAUUGGACCACAGCACCAGGCUGGUUCGGACUCUUUACUCACAGGCAUGGCGUUCUUCAAAAUGAGAGAGAUGUUCUUUGAGGAUCAUAUCGAUGAUGCGAAGUACUGCGGUCACCUGUACGGGCUUGGCUCGGGCUCCGCCUACGUGCAGAACGGAACAGGAAACGCUUACGAAGAGGAGGCCAAUAAGCAGCAGUCGUGACAUCGCUCUGAAACAGCAUGGCUGGCAGAGGCCCAGCCGGUUCACCAUUAAUGGAAGAACAAAAUACCAACUUACAUAUGCAUUAUUUAGCAAGCUGUUUUUCAUUGGCUGUGCCCGCCUUAGACGAGCAAACAUGAUGGAGAAAACAAUCACAGCUGUCCUCAUCCAUGCCGCUAGCUGCAUGUGUGUGAGUUUAGUCUUUUAUUCCUGCAAGGCAGCAUAGGCAUGCGGGAUGUGGGUGGUUCAGUUCAGUUAAACAUGCUUGAAAAGAUGGGAUUUUAGUUUUCCUGAAGUGUUCUGUAGACAUGUUUUGCACUUUAAAAGCUCUAACCUGGUUUUAUAUGGAAAGCUUGAACACGUUUCCAGUGUGUCUCUGUCUCUCUCCCCUCUCUGUUGCCUUCAGUGUUCCUGUUUUACAUUGUGAACAUGUACAAAAUCUCUACCACCACAAAAGCAGCUGUCACCACGCUCAGCCUUAAUAUUAGCUGCAUUCUUCUCUUUUAAAACUUUUAAUUUAUUGUGCCGGUUACGUUACGUUGACUAGUGGCCCUAUUCAACACUAAGACCCCGACUGUGCUCGCCCUCCUCGGAGAUCCUGAUGGAUCGAGGCAACGAGAGUUCUCACCGAGUGUGUUUACCUGCACUUGAAUCUUUUGUUGAUUUGUUCAUGUGAAGAGAAUGUUUGUAACGACCCGAAUAAGCUCUGAUUGCACUGUGAGAAACCUCUUCUUGGUCCAGAGCAGGACAUGGAAACAAGUCCUUUCUUUCCUCUUAUUUUUCAUGUUCAGAUAUGUCACAUGCUGUCAUAUAAAUAGUAUGUAUCCAGAUGCAUACGAUUGCUUUUCAUUAGGAGGAAUGUGUCAUUUAUGUGUGUGUAAACGCUCUCACUGACAGAUGCACACAUGGUCAGAUGCAUGAGCUUUGUACAAUCAACCAAUGACACAAAAGCUUCUUUUUUGUUUUUUGAUUUGAUUAAACAAACCAGCUGUAGGCCAUGCUGACAUCAACCUGAACUACUCUGCUGAGAGUAAAUUUCUCUUUUAUAUUGUUUUAGUGUGACAUAAG